AUGGAAAUUCGGAUGUUGAGCGUGACUUUAGUAUUAAUGAACAUAUUGUUGUCAUUAUCUUCUAUUAAUGACCUUCGUUCAACAUGGGUUGCAAUAAAAUUUUAUGGUGUAGGUUCACCACAUCGAGUACCCAUCAAGAUUGAUAUGAUUCGUGCUGUACAAAAAUCGAAAUCGGUUUAUAAUCAAGAACAGUUAUCAUUACAUGCUUUGAAAAAAGUGGGUAUUAUUGAUGCACAAGCUGUAAAUGCGUUAAUUGGAGCUGGUGAUGAACAAGUUAAAUUAAUCUCAGAUGAACUUUUCAAAAUAACCGACGAAUUAUUAAAACUUCAAAGUCUUUUUCCUUAUGGUGCUUCAACACAAGAAGAAACAAUUUGUUAUAAUUCGAAUACAUAUCGAGCUUUACUUGAUUUUAAAUAUCAAAUGUUUGAUGGAGGUUUUAUGAUUCCAGAAUUUGGUUGUUUAUAUAUUAAAAAUGUGAAAUUUUAUCAAUUAGUUAAUCCUAAUGUUAAUAAAAAUGUCGAUAUAAUUGAUGCUGCAUGUUAUGAUUUAACAGAAGUACAUGGAUUACAUAUUAAAAGUAAAGAAGAUAAAGAUCUCGAAAGUUGUACGAAAAACAAAUUUGAAACAAUAAUUGCUUUUGAACAAGCUAAUAGUAAUGAUAAUGGAGAAAAUAGUUCCUUGAUUUUAGGCUCAAUCGGAUGUGGAGCUUUUCAAAAGGAUAUUAAAACUAUUACUGAAUUAUGGGAGAACAUUUUAUCAAGCCCAUUAAAUGAAACUUUAAAAACUAAACAGCAUCGUGCUUUUGAAGAAAUUUGGCUUCGUAGUGGAAAAAUGAUAAAUUAG